AUGGCUCUCUGUCAGAUGUCCCUGAGGCUCUUGCGAAUGACGCCAAAGUACGCGGCUAGAGUGCAGACACGACCACUCAGUCUGCACGAACACGAGUCUCAGAAGUUGCUGAGCCAACUAGGAGUGCCAGUUCCCCGCGGUCAGCUUGCCCGAAGCGUGACCGAAGUCCGAGAGGCAAUUGAUAAGCUAGGACCAAAAUGUGUCAUCAAGGCGCAGGUUCUUGGACGCGGCCGCGAAGACGGCGAAUUUGAGAGUGGCCUCCGAGGCGGAGUUCAAGCAGUCGAGAAGGCAAAGCAAGGCGAAUCCAUGGCUUCGGAGAUGCUCGGUAGUCUUUUCCGCAGACGGUACUCAUCUCCACAAGGCAUCAGGGUGAAUGAGCUCUACAUCACGGAGUCUGUCGAGUCGGAAUGGAACUGGUAUCUGGCAAUGAUGAUUGACCGAGAAAACUAUAGUCCAGCCAUUGUCAUCUCGAAAAAGGGGGGCAGAGACAUUGAUGCGAUAGCCCGGCUUUCCCCGGAAAGUAUCUUCACCUUCAACUUUGGUCUCUCGAAAGGCAUCACAUCGGACCUCGUUUCUGAGAUAUCUGCGCGGCUCGGAACAAGCCCGCGCGAAACGAAGAACCUUGAGCAUGUACUCCAGCAAAUAUUUGACAUUUUCUCGAAACGAGACGCGACGAUGCUCGAGAUCAACCCGCUGGCGUGCUCAGCGGACGGAACCUUGACGAGCAUCGGAUCCAGGUUCGUCUUCGACAAUGCAGCGGCGAAGCGCCAAGCAGACCUCUUUGCUCUUCGAGACGCAAGCCAAGAUGUCGCCGAAGAGCUCGAAGCAGAGAAGCACGGCCUGGUGUACGUCAAGAUGGACGGCAACAUUGCCAACGUGGUCAACGGAGCAGGGUUGGCAAUGGCGACCAACGACGCCAUUGGCUUCCAGGGGGGCGCGAGCGCAAACUUCCUAGAUGCAGGCGGGAAGGCCACCAAAGAGACGAUGCAACAAGCAUUUGGAAUUAUCACGCGCGACAAGAGAGUCAGGGCGAUACUGGUCAACAUCUAUGGAGGCCUGACUCGCUGCGACAUGAUUGCAGAGUCCAUCAUUGGCGCUGCCGAUGAGCUGGACAUUCGCGUGCCAAUGGUCGUUAGACUGCAGGGCACCAACUCGGAGAAGGGUCUCCAGCUUCUGGAGGAAGCAAAGUUGGGGCUGUACGUGGAAUCCGACUUUGGACGCGCGGCGCAACGGGUCGUCGAGCUUGCCGAGUCGGCAUGA